CUACUAUAAUCAAGAACUGAAGAGGCGAAGUUAGGUCAGCGGAGAAUCAUCAGAACCUUAAAAUUUUGGGCUGCUAAUUAAUAGGAAGAAUGUUUUAUUCGCACACAUUCUUGGGACGAAAGGGUCCGUUAGGGACAGUAUGGUGCGCAGCACACUUGCAAAAGUUGAAGAAGCCUCAUUAUAUUUCCACUCACAUUCCCUCCACUGUUGAACGCAUCAUGUAUCCUGAUGUACCUAUUGCACUGCGAAUGUCUGGCCACCUUCUGUUUGGAGUUGUUCGGAUAUACUCAAAGCAAGUUGAAUACUUUUCCGAUGACUGCAAAAACUUACAAGCUGUGUUAUUUAAGGCCUUUACUUCUUCAAAUGUCAAUCUGCCGGCAGAUGCCACUCAUGCACCAUACCACUCCAUUACUUUACCAGAAACAUUUGAACUUGAUGCCUUAGUUUUUGAUGAAGAUCUUGACCUGAAUAGGUUCGAGGAUACUCAUCUUAAAAGUUAUGAAGAGAUAACUUUGGAAGAUCAAAUUCUAACGCGUGAAGAUCAGUAUAUAGCUAUUCUCAUUGAUGAGGACAUAGCAAAGAGUUUGUCAAAAUCAGGUGCCAUGCCUAUGGAGAUAGAUUCUGAACCUUCAAAUCCAGAAGGAACUGCUGCUCAAUCCCUAAAUUCUUCCCCUAAGAUUCAGUCAGGACUAAACAGAGAAACCGUUCGUAAUGACAUUCCUCAAGAUAUUCCAGAAAUUGAAAUCAUGCGUGAUGCUGUCCAUGAUCAUAGUUUUGAUCAUGUUCCCUUGUGGUCAGACCAAGGGAAUGAUGUGAUGGAACCAGAUAAAAUUCUGGAGGAACAGAUCAUGAGAGAGAAGGAAACUACAAGCCCAAUUGUAGAAGAGAUGGGGGCCCCUGAGGGGCAUUCUAUCCUGUCUCAACAACGGCAAGAACCACCUUCUGCCACUUCAGUGGAGGCUCACGAAUUUGCUGAUCCACAAAUGUCAUUUGGGCAUCAGUCACCUGAUUUAGCACUUCGAUCAACACCCCCUCCUGAGAUGCCAAAAGCAAGGGGAAGAAAGCGAAAGCUACUCAAAUAUGAUAAGGAAUUAGUAUUGUCGAAUAAAAAGAUGAGAAGGGAUCUAGAAGAUACCAGUGAUUUAGUACGCCAGAAAAACAAUGCUCCAUUUUCUCGUCUGGACAUCUGGAAACAAAACAAUAAACUAAGAAACGAUGGAAUUUUAUUUGAGCCUUUAAUAACUGGAUUAUGUGAUGAUCUCUGUAAUAUCUACAAGGAAGACUUCAUUUCAGCAAAAGUCAAGACGGCUUCCCCACAGGAUGAUUAUGCAGAACCCAGCAAUAACCAAUCCUCUCCAUCUGGGAAUGAUCUUCCAGUGGAAAUUGAAAGACUGCGUGAUAACCAAGACUUUGCAAGCACCAAUUUGUUGUCUGAAAUUUUGCCUUCACCAAAUAAGUCCAUUUCCUCUCCACUAAUGUCCAUGCCUUCUACAAGCAGAAGAGAUGAUUUCACUCCUGCUACUACAACUUUUGGGACAGAAUCAAGUCAAAUGGGAAGAACGAUGGAGAGUGAGGUGCUCCCUACGCCCGACCCAGCAGCAUUUACUGGGUAUGUUGGUUCUGAUAUGGAGACCCCUUCAACAUGGUAUGGAGAGGAACUAGGCGUGGAGAAUACCGUUCUGUCUGAUAUUCCUGAGUUUGACAAUUCUGCUGGGGAUCUAAGUUUUCUAGAACAAGAUGACAACACUCCUAUUGGACUUCGAGGAACUCCCUCGUCAAGUAAGCAAGGGGGAACACCACAGUUUGAUACAUUAUCUGCCAGAACAAGAGCUGUGGCUCAAUAUUUGAAGGGGCAGUCACCAGCAACCCCCAUCUCAGAAGAUACUGGAGAUCUCAGCUUAAAUGCAAUUUUAGAAGGCAAAAAGAGAACAAUAUGUGCUCGAAUGUUUUUUGAGACACUGGUGUUGGAGAAUUGUGGACUUGUACAUGCGAAUCAAAAUGAACCUUAUGGUGAUAUAACUUUGAAAGUGACUUCCAAACUGAAGGACCAUUUUUCAAGCUAAGGCCAUUGCGUAGAUCUAUAUAUAGAAUAGAGUUAAAUCAUUGUACAGAGAUGCAACGUUGAAUAGCUUAAUGAAGAUAUAUAACCUCAGCCAUUCAAUCAUGAUUAUCGCCCCAGCAAGGAAAUUAGCAUUGUGCUCCUCCAUGAAGUCUCUCUGCCUUAUGAUUUUAAUUUAUUUUUUUCACAGUUUUUAUCCUUUUAGGUAUAGUUCCCUUUUCUUUUUCCUUGUUUUUUAGAACUUAUUGUAUGUUCUGUCAAAGCAAUAAGUGUUUUAUUUUGAUGUAUUUCAAAGAGUUGAACCUAUAGCCGAGUCUUGAAGUUCUUUUCCUCUUGAUCUCUAAUGCAAAUGCGUCAAAACGCAAAAUAACAUACACUAUUUUUCUCUA